AAGGCUCUUUUGCGAAAAGGUUCAAUCCGCAUGGAGAGACACACAGGUGGGGAGCAAGAAGCAUAUGAUGCAUUAAAAAAUCUUGUUAAAGCUGUACCUUCUCACAUGGAGCAGUUGAAACAGCCCCCUGUGCCAUUUAAAACUCUUCAGGCUGCACAAUCUGCACCUAAUAGCCCUGCUUUCUCAGAUCUGGGAGAAGGAAGGACCAAAAGAUUAAAUCGUUUAACCACCAUUCAUCCACGGAAGAUUCUUCUAGUCUUUGCGGCCAUGUCGAGCAUCGGGACAAUGGUUCUCAUAUAUUUCACACUCGCGAUCAGGCGAAUAGAUGGAGCUUAACUCUGAUCCUGAGGUUUGCCUUUGAGAACAACAAAGUUGUAUGUGUGAAAGUUGUCAGCAACACAACACAUGCACCCAAUUAUGACCUACAGAGGGAGCUUCUAAACCUUCUACUGGUAGUGAUCAUUGAUGGAAGAAGCAUGAUGACAGAGAAAGUAACCCACUGCUCUCUACUGUAGUAUACUGGUGUGAAGUCUUUACUGUAAAAGCUGAGAUUGGUCAUGUGGAGCAGUGAACUGAGACUUGGAAGUCCUCAUUGGACCACCACCCAAUGCUAUUCUGAGUGUGCUUGUAUUAUUGAUGCUGAAGGGUUCUUAUUGUACUUU